AUGGCUACAGAAGCAUCUGCUGCCGUCGCCGCGGUUCCUACACGUACUGAAGAAGACCUGGCCUUUCUCUUCAAGCGAUUUCCCGGCUACCUAUUCACUGAACGCAAGGGGCCAGCGUGGUCGUGGGUAUGGAAAUUCGGGUAUGAUAUUUCACGCGACGGCAAAGACCGUGUAUGGGUAUGCCUUCGAUGUAUCCAACAACGCAACCGGAAGCCAGCCGCCUAUAACCCACGAAAUCUUGUGAACGUCGAGAUUCAUCUCUUUAACUCUCACCAGCUUAGCGAUCCUACCGGUAAGCGACCGCCGCCUUCUGCCGUCAAGCCCCAACGCGAGAGCAGCAAUUCGAGAUCCAUCGCCACCUUCUUCAAUCUCAAUGCGAACAACGCCGAGGAUCAGAGGAUGGCCAACCACUUGAUCAGCGCGUUCGAUAGAGCUGAGUUUCAACGAAGGAUUGUAAGAUGGCUCAUCAGCGCCAAUCUUCCUUUCCGCACAGCUGAACACCCUUAUCUUCGCGAUGUCUUCUCCUACCUCAACCCCUCUGUCGACAUUCAAAAAGCCAACCUCUCCGAGAAGACUGUUCACGCCCUCGCUGUACGAGAGGUUGAGCGGCAUAAGGAUGCGGUGGUUAAGACGCUCCAGGAGAGCCCCGGGCUGGUUCAUCUAGUCUUCGAUGGAUGGACUUCACGCAACCGCCUCUCUCUCUACGGCGUGAGCGCAGUCUUCCGAGACGAAGAGGGCACGCCUCACAAGAUUGUGCUCGGUCUGCCAGAGAUGAGUGACCGGCAUACGGGUGAGAACAUCGCGGAGGCCAUCCUCGAUGUUAUUAGAAACUAUGGUAUUGAAAAGAAGAUUGGCUACUUCACUGUCGACAACGCUACAAAUAACGACGCCGCGUUGAAAAUAAUCGGUGAGAAGCUCGGCUUCCAGUGCAUGAGCAAUGGAGGAGGAAAGGCCCCAUUGGAGGUCAACAGGUCAGACCUCUGGACCAAGAAGCUCAUCUCGGCGCAAGAGCAACGGAUCCGAGAAGCCUCCGAAGGUGAGAAGAUCAAGAAACACACGCCGGUCGGAGUGGUGACAGACAACGCUACGCGGUGGCUCUCUCAGUACUUCAUGAUGGAACGCGCUCUUCAACUCCAGCCUUUCUACGAGACCUUCCUCUUUGAGGCGAAGCUUCACGUUGACUCGCAGUUCCGGACGACAGCAGGCACUCUAAAGAAAGGCGCGAAGGAGCCGCUCUUCUUAAAUGAGGAGAACAAGUUGACCGCGAACGACUGGGAGGUCAUCUCUGUGUUGAAAGAGAUCCUUCUCGACUUUGAGCUCGUUGUGAAAGCUCUUCAGGGCGACGGUCAACCUCGUGAGAAGAAGCGCAGCUCCUGCGAUGAGCCGAUCAGUCUAGUACAGGGAGCAAGCUGGGAUCUUCUCGAUGGGUACGAGUUCCUCCUUGAGUCUCUCGAGAGAGCGAAGGCGAGAGUUGAAGACCUCGUUGACGGCGAACACGUCGCUAUUAACGUCAACAACGCAUGGAUGAAGCUCGACAAAUACUACGAGAAGAUCGGCCAGUCUCCUCUCAUCUACGCUGCCACCGCAUUGCACCCUCGGCACCGAUGGGGUAGAUUCGAGGCGUGGCGUGAGCAUCACGCUGACUGGAUCGAGCCAGCGAAGUUACAAGUCCGAGAACUCUGGAGGCAACAAUACCGAGACCUACCAGUCGAGCAGAAAGAGGCUUCAGAACCACCCACGAAAAUCCCCCGCCUCUCGAGCAACAGGUUCGCAAUCUUCAGAACCCAGGAGCGAACUCCAACAAACUCAGCACCCACCUCUCCUUCACCCUUUCCAUCGCCAGCGCUGGUCGAACUUGACGAGUUUGAGCGUUGGCAACUAGAUAAUAGCGACUUUGAUCGGUACGAGGAGGAUCCCCGUGCCUACUGGCACAAGAGAAGGAACACCUACCCACGGCUUGCGCGCAUGGCGUUGGAUCUACACACGGUGCUUCCUAUGAGCGCCGAAGUUGAGCGCUUGUUCAGCGUUACUGGCCAUAUGGUUACUCCUUUACGCAACCGGCUACAGGCGAACACAAUAUCUCUCUGUCAGAUCCUCCGCAGCUGGAGCUCGAGCGGUAACCGACCGAGGGUACCGAGCCCCGUGUCAGGAGCCCGCAGGAAGGGCGUUGCUAUCGAUGAACGAACGGCGACGUGUUCGCGAGAAUAUACCCCAAUUGAGGACACUGAGAGUAUCAGCAAGCACAAGCCAGGAGGUUACCACCCGCUGCAGAUUGGCGACCGCUUCGGCUCUCAGAGUCAAUACCGAGUCGUCCACAAACUAGGGUUCGGUGGUCAUUCUACCACUUGGCUUGCAUGGGACGAGUUCCAGGGCCGCCACGUGGUGCUGAAGAUUGCGAUUGCAUCUGACACAGCUUUAUCGCAGGAGAUUCACACCUUGCGACGACUAAGGGAAAGCAAAGACGUCCACCCAGGCAACAUCCUGUUCACCCUCCCGUCUUCCUUCCAUUCCCUCUCGACCAAGGACGUUUACGCCACAUAUCGUGAACCGAUAAAAGAACCCGUACGGCGGAGGGACGGUGUCAGCCAACUACCAACCAUCGUUCCGCCCUACGUCGUGCCUCCGGUCUGGCUGGGUAAACGGUGCGAACACAUCACCACUGCCGACGCCAAUAUCAUGAUCACCGACUUCGGAGAAGCGUGGCUGCCCGCAAGCUCGCCACGGUACAGUCUGAACACGCCGGUAUUGUACCGGCCGCCUGAGGCGGUCUUUGCCGAGUCUGAGGGUAAGCCAGUCAGUUUUGCGGCCGAUAUCUGGUCGCUGGGGUGCACCAUAUACGAACUGUUCACGCCGGGAACUCUCUUUGAGGGGUUCUUUCCGGAUGAAGACGACAUGGUCGCCGAGAUGGUUAGUGCGUUGGGAAAGCCCCCUCGGUCGUGA